AUGGAUUGGAAUAGCGAACGAGGCAAGGAGCCCCUGCGCCAAGGCCACGCCGCCGCUUCUCCCCUCCCUCGUCCAUCUCCCGAACUCGAGCUAUCCCACCGAAGCUCCAACAUCUCGAACGUCACCGACAUUGGCAUCAGUCCCUAUGAGGCAUCUACCGUCAGCGAAUCAACCAUAGCCAGCCCGAUCUAUGCCGUAGCCUCCCCGACGUCGUUGUACAGUGCCGGCGGCAGCGGCAGCACAGUCGCCGUCUCGCCAUACAGCGGCGGCGGCGGCGGCAGUUCAGUCGUGUCACCCUUCGGAGACGAAACGAACUACCAGUCUCGACGACCGUCUUGGCGUGGGUCCCUCUCCUACUCCAACUCACGACGGUAUGCACCGCUUGUGGGCGGCAACGAAGUCUCGAGACCAACGACCGGACGACGAUCCUCGGCGACAAGCUUCCGCUCUCGCAGCAGCUAUGCGCCAACCCUAGGCAACGCCAUUCCUGAGCACGGCGACGACGAGUCGUACGCCAUGACACUGCUCUCGCAUCCUGCUCCCAUGGGCAUGACGCCCGUGUUUCCUCAACACACGCGUCAAGUCUCGGACGACAUGCCGCCAAUGUCGCCCGUGGGCUUUGACGUUGGGUCGGCGCUCGGUCCGCUCUCCGCACACGAUAACGAAUACCUCUCCCAGUGGCAGCAACAGGAGUCACAAGGCGUCCUGUCCGGCGGCCUGGGCCAAGGCUUCCGUGCAGACUCGACGCUCCGCGACGCCGAGUUGCUUGCCUCGCCGAGCACCCCUCGGAGCAUGUCCCGCUCCUUUACCUUACUCCGGGCCUCGCGGCCGCCGACCCGCGCCGAGACCAUCAAGACGCGCGGCCAGGACGAAGCCGACCGCCUAGGGCGCGUCAUCGAGGUCAUCAUCGAGGAGCCGAGCGCGGACCUGAGCAGCAUCGAGGGCGGCCACUUGCCCAUCCACGGCGACGACGAGCAGCCGGACGCGCUGCGGCGCUCCACGUUCCCCAGCGCGGCGCUCAAGCGGCAAAUCUUCUUUCCCAAGCCCAACUGGAAGCCGUGGUCGAUGCGUUGGCCACACCUGACGCUGCUGGUGCUCGUGUCCGUUGGCCUGGCCGUCAUGCAGGAGGUGCUGUUCAGGCGCUUCCGUGACACGCCCAUCCUAGCAUUCCACUCGCCCAAGGAGGUCCAGCCGCUUAUCUACUUCGCCGUCAAGUUCCUGCCGACGCUCGCGGCCGUCGUGUACGGUGUGCUGUGGCAGUUUACCGACUUUGAGGUGCGCCGCCUCGAGGCCUUCUACCAGCUGUCCAAGGAUGGCGGCGCGCUGGCCUCCGAAUCUAUCAACGUCGACUACGUGACGAGCUUCAACCUCGUACGGCCGAUUCGCGCGCUGAAGCUGGGCCACUACACUGUCGCCGUGUCGUCGCUCGGCACGCUGCUGGCGGGCUCGCUCGGGCCGACGUUUGCGGCGGCCUCGGUCAUUCUCACGCCGAGCCUGCGCGAGCGCAACGCGCACCCGGACGCGGAGAAGACGCUCACCUUUUCGUCGACGUGGUCGCGGCUGCUGACGUCGACGCUGACCAUCUGCGCGGUGCUGGCGACCGUGCUGUUUGUUUUGCUGCAGAAGCGACGCUCCGGCCUCAACUCGGACGUGCGCGGCAUCGCGGGCCUCGCGUCCAUGGCGGUGGUGAGCCACAUCCUCAUGGACUUCAAGGACAUGGACACGGCCAAGCAUAACGACAUUCACCACAAGCUAAAAUAUCACCGCUACAUGUUGAAAAACUCUUCCCUGGCGCCCGACGACGAGAACCUGACGUCUGCCAAGGAUAGGGAAAAGUUCUACGGGGUGGACGACGAACCCGUCAACCACAUGUCGGACAACCCGCACCCCCUGAUGCUACGGCCGGGCGGGUGCGUAACGUUCAUCGUCGCGCUUGUUGCGUUUAUGGGGUUCGUGCCGGCAUUCGUCUUCACCGACGCCGGCGUGGUGACGGACAAAGCGCCGUGGUUCGCGACGGCGUGGGCGGUGUGCCUGAAGCUGUCGUGGAACGGGAUGGAGACGGCGGUGCGCAUGAUGGAGCCCUACUACAUCCUGUCGCGGCGGCACGCGCCGUCCAAGAUCCUCACGCUCGACUACACAGCGCUGCCGUUCGGGUACAUGCCGCUGCGGGCGCUGGCCAACGGGCACCUUAUCAUGUUCUUUGUGGGCUUUGGCAGCAUCCUGGCCGAGUUCCUGACCGUCUUCGUCACCGGGCUGACGACGUCGGACGGGCAGGGCUUCAUCAAGGCCUACACGGGCCGCGACGAGCCCGCCGACAACGACAGCAACAACCUCAAGAGCAUCUACGCGGGGCAGGACACGAUCGUGUCAUUUUCCGUGAGCUUUGGGCUCACCAUGUUCGUGCUGCUGUACAUGACAGUCGUGGCGACGGUCGUGUUCGUGCGGCGGCGCCACCCGUUCCUGCCGCGGCAACCCAACACGAUCGCGUCGGUGCUCGCGUUCAUCCACCAGAGCAAGAUGCUGUACCGCUUCGUGGGGACGGCCAAGUUGAACGGCACGGAGAUGGCGCGGCGGCUGCGGGAGUGCGACGGCGGCGCGACGUACGGGCUGGGGUGGUUCGAGGGCCGCGAUGGGCAGACGCAUUGCGGCGUGGACCAGGAGGAGCUGAUGAGCACGUACAAGCACGGCGUGGACUAUUCAAAGGGUAACAAGCCAUGGAAUACGCAGUGGGAUGUACUGUGA